AUGAGCCAAACUACCUCAGAUGCGUCGAAUUCUUCGGCAGCAAUAACCUCUGCAACCGUCAGUAUACCUGAUAUAAACACAUUAGCCAUCACGGAGAAUGAAAAUGGUACCGAAAAGAAGAAGGCCCCAUCUCCCAACUUAGCUACUCCGGACGCUGACGCCUCGCCGCGGCCAUAUUACUUUGAAAAUGGUCUGCGACGUGUCGCCCCUUAUCAUUUUACAUACAAAACCUGGUGUAAAGAGCGAUGGAGAGGGAGGAAACUUAUAGAUAUAUUCGAGAGCGAGUUCAGAGACCGACCUCUUGAAUAUUAUAGAAAUGCCAUGGAGACGGGUCAAAUAUGCGUCGACGGUAAAAAGACCAGUCCGGAGCAUAUUCUCAGGAAUGGCGAGCUCGUAUCUCAUACGAUACAUCGGCACGAGCCACCUGUUACAGCCGAUCCUAUAGGAAUUCUCCACGAGGACGACGAUAUGAUCGUCAUAAAUAAGCCCUCUGGUAUUCCCGUUCACCCCGCGGGGAGGUACAAUUUCAACUCGGUCAUCGAAAUUAUGAAAUCAGAGAGGGGCCCUGACUGGAUCCCCUACACUUGUAACAGGCUUGACAGGUUGACUAGCGGCAUUAUGUUCGUUGCCAAGAAUCCUAAGGCGGCCGACCGUCUGGGAACACAGAUCAAGCAAAGAAGUGUACGAAAAGAGUAUAUUGCCAGGGUAAUCGGUAACUUCCCCGACGAGGAGGUAGUUUGUAACCAACCUCUACUUCAGAUCUCUCCAAAGCUUGGGUUAAACCGUGUACGAGCAAGCGGAAAGACAGCCCGUACAGUUUUCAAAAAGCUAGCUUAUUAUCCCCCACGCCAGUCGCGAAAAAGAGAAGAAAGCAACGGCACCUCGGGGAUAGAAGGUGCCUCGGACGAUAAAGACAGACCGUGGCUCCGUAUGGAAGGAUAUUCCAUCGUGCGAUGUCUUCCAGUUACCGGGAGAACUCACCAAAUUCGCGUCCACCUCCAGCAUCUGGGACAUCCUAUUCAAAACGAUCCGAUUUAUGCUAACCAAAGAGUUUGGGGGGCGAAUCUUGGAUACAACGACCCCGAUGGUCUAGAAAACACGGACGAGGAUAUCAUUACGCGUCUCAACCGCAUGGGAAAGGAAGACGUAGCAGACGCGGUCGCUUACCACGACGAGAUGGUAAAUGAGUACUACAAGAGAAAGGCCGAAAAGAUGUCCGGCGAGCUUUGCGAGGUCUGUGAUACGCCGCUAUACACGGAUCCAGGAUUGCAAGAGCUCUCUCUAUGGCUGCAUAGUCUUCGAUAUGAAGACGCUGGUGGCGAGUGGAGCUACGUUAGCCCGCUUCCCGACUGGGCUCUACCUCCCACCGGCAUGUCCGGGCCUACGGAAGUCGGUGGCAUGGACGAAUUGGUUUCUGCGGUAAAAGAUGUUAAUCCCGAACUCGCAUGA